AACGUAAAAAGAGGCGUGUGUUGUCUAGUGUUAUGCAAAGUUAAAGUAGCUAUAUAACUCCACUUAAAAAUAAUUAUCCAGCUAACUAGCUAGCUACCAAAAGAUGUCGUUUUAUAGAAACGCCGUUUGGUUCGUUAAAGGACUUCAAGAAUACACAAAAAGCGGAUAUGAAGCAGCAGCUAAGCAGUUUAAUACUGGGGACCUGGACGUAAACCUGAGUGGCAGGUCUUUUGUAAUCACUGGGGCCAACAGCGGCAUUGGAAAAGCUACAGCCCAUGAAAUAGCCAAAAGAGGAGGGAUUGUCCACCUGGUGUGUCGUAACAAGGAACGGGCACAGGAGGCGAAGGAGGAGCUGGUAGAACAUAGUAAAAACCAGAAUGUCCAUGUUCACAUCGUUGACAUGUCCAGUGCAAGACAAGUGUGGGAGUUUGCAGAGAGCUUUUCAAAAAGCAACAGCAUUCAUGUACUGAUCAACAAUGCAGGGUGUAUGGUAAACCAGAAAGAGCUGACAGAGGAAGGUGUAGAGAAGAACUUUGCUACUAACACUCUCGGUACCUUCAUCCUAACCACAGCGUUGAUACCAGCCCUGAAACAGGCACAGGACCCACGAGUGAUCACAGUGUCUUCAGGGGGCAUGCUGGUCCAGAAGAUGAAUGUAGACGACCUGCAGUCUGAGAAGGGGACGUUCGACGGCACUAUGGCCUACGCUCAGAAUAAAAGACAACAGGUGAUACUGACCGAGAGAUGGGCGUCCCAGCAUAAAGAGAUCCAUUUCUCAUCAAUGCACCCUGGCUGGGCUGAUACUCCAGCUGUCCAGUUGUCCAUGCCUGACUUCCAUGCUAAGAUGAAAAACAAGCUGCGUACGGAGUCCAUGGGGGCCGACACGGUGGUGUGGCUGGCUGUCUCAGCAGUGGCCUCCAACCAGCCCAGUGGACUCUUCUUCCAGGACCGAAUGGCGGUGCCCACACAUCUUCCGCUGGCUUUAUCCAGGUCCUCUCCGGCCGAUGAGGAGAAGCUGCAGGCAAUAUUGGAGCAGCUCGCACACAAGUUCAAACCUUGACCUCUCCUACAGCGGUCAAAGGGUUAUGAACAGACAGACCCUCAAGCCCAUGUGUCCGUUGACAAACACUCAUCAUUAUAGAUAUGCACUGUAUAAAGGGGACAUAGCGGUAAUAUUUUUACAACCAUUUUGUAUUUAUGAUGAUUAUCUGGAAAUUGAUUGCUUGCUAUUGCUAAGAUCAAAGUGUAGCCACACAGAGCAUUUCAGUGGCUCAUGUUUGGGGUAGAGGCCUUCACUGGUCGUUCUGAAAUGGACCUGGGAUUUUCCCAUCCAGACCUGAAAUGCAUAAAUUUGUAAAAAAUAAAUAAAUAUAGAAGCCUGUUCAGUACAACUUGACCCGUUCCGUAUAGACCUGGUCCGAUCCAGACCCGUUCCGAGUAAGACGAGCAGCAGAAAGGUCAAUUUUUAAGCUACUUUAUUAACUGGAGCUGAUAAAAAGGGCAGGUAGAGAGAGGUGAUGCUCUAGCAGGUGCCGUGCUGUGUGUGUAGUCUGCUGUGAGUGUGAGUGAAGUAGGGAGGAGGGGGAGAGAGGUGAUGCUCUAGAAGGGCCGUGCUGUGUGUGUAGUCUGCUGUGAGUGAGUGACGUGGGGAGGAGGGAGAGAGAAGUGACGCUCAAGCAGGGGCCGUGCUGUGUGUGUAGUCUGCUGUGAGUGUGAGCGAGUGACGUGGGGAGAAGGGAGAGAGAAACCGCAACCAACCAAGCUGACUCGCGCUGUAGUAGAAUAAUAGCUGCCAUUGCUAGGUUAUUUAUCAUCCAAUAUGAUUACGUAGUACCUGUCUUGACUACACCAAACCGGGAGAAGAUAGCUAGGCUAAUUGAGGCUGAUAGCUAGGCUAAUUGAGGCUGCAUGCACUUUCUCGUCCUACACAUUUACAAACAACAAUGCCUUUGGGGAGAACAGGCUCGUGGUAAUGACUGGAGUGGAAUAGUAUAUAACACAUGCAGUGGCAGUUCUAGCUUGUAUGGCUUCCUAGGCAAACCCCCCCCCCCAAAAAGCACCAUUCUGCACAAACUAAUUUUUUAACACCAUUUGGAACACCAUAAAUAAAUAAUCCUAACAUUUAAAACUAUAAAUAUACAAAAAUAAGACUCAUGAAUAUCAAAGACGAAUAGAAACCAAUUGUAGUAUAUAAAUAGAAAAUUUAAUUUAAUUAUUACCCUAUUGCUAACAAAAAACACAAAACAAUUGCACAAAUCCUAUUUUACACAAAUAGAAUAACACACUUGUAAAGAAGAUAACGUGAUUAUUGCACUUCAAACAAACGAAAUUGCACAACUAGUUGUAUUAGUACUGUACAAAGUUUGAGGUGUGCUAUUUGAUAGCUAUUUGAUAGCUCACAAACUAGAAUCAGGGCACCCACUCCCAUACGGUGACAUGAUAUCAGUGACGUGCAAAUGAGUGAUAGAAAACCAUUCGCAAAAGUCACCUUUUCGGAUUAUUAUUAUUAUUAAAAUUAAAUUGUGCGGCUGCCCCCGGCAAGAUGCUGGCCAAUAUCGCCUAUGCCUAAAUCCGCCACUGAACACAUGGUUUCCAGGUGUUUGAUGCCAUUCCAUGCUCUGUACCCAGUAGCGGUUCUAGACCAUUUCAACUGGGGGGGCCAAGCUGGGGCCAGUUACAUUAGAUAUUAUAGUUGUCAUUGUUUUCUUCACUGCAUUGCAGGCAUUAGCAGGCAAAAGACCAUGUUCAUAAUCAGCAUCGUUGCCACUGUCUAAUAACGGAUGUAAAAAAAGAACGAUAGCAAAAAAUGUCAUACUCCACAUUUAGGGGGGCCACAAGGGGGUCAACAAGGGGGUCCCCCCACAGAACCGCCACUAUCUGUUCCGGCCAUCAUUAUGAGCCGUUCUCCCCUAAGCAGCCUCCACUGCUCCGUUCAGAAUAUAAAGUAGCAGCCUACCUGUGGGCUCUUCGUCAUUGUAGCCUAUCCUUCUCCUUUUAACUUAAUUCCAUUUGAAUUCAAUCUUCUAUUGAUUAGGUAUCUCCUAACUUUUGCCCCACGCGGAGGCUCUGACUGUAGCCUAUUACCGCUUUGAUUACUUAUGAUUGGCCAACAACAAGCUACAUGCGCCAGUCUCGUGAAUAAAUUAUGCCAUUUCUCUCUACUGCAGCAGUCGAGAUCAGGUCUCUAUGGGUCAUUCUGGACAAGUCAGUUAACAUUACACAUACCCGAGACCAGUGACAAUCAGAUGCAACCCAGACCCGUGACAUUAUUUCAAAUUCUGGAUCUGGACCCGUUCGGGUCCUGGAUCGGGUAUCAGGAAUUCGGGUACAGGGGGAUCCGUGAAGACCUCUAGUUUGGUGUCAUUUGAUGCUUCAUAACGUUUUACACCAUACUACUUCCCUCAAAUUCUUCUACAAAGGCUUUUCCAUUAGCUUGAAUGUUGCAUACUUCGUACAGUUCAGUACUAAUACAGUACAUAGUGAUUACGUCAGAACUUCUAUGGAAACUGGACCUUCCAUUUCAGAAUGUGCUCUAGCCAGGCAGCUGGUUUAGGUUGAUGGAUGAAUAAAUCAUGUUUUACUCAGAUUUAGCAGUGUAUACCAUCCACAGCAUUUUUACUCAAUCAAAUGUUAUUGGUCAUAUACACAAAGGUUUUCAUCAGGGUUUAACAAGGGCUCAUGUUCAAAGGUGCUUCUGGUUGUCAGCGGUAAUAGUGUCAUUACAACUUUUGUAUUCUGUUCUUAUUAGUUUACUGUACAACCAGAACAAACAGUCAGUCUUUAUAUUUAACUUGUCCAGAGAAUCAUUGAGACACUGUUCUUAAAGCUACAUGUUGUUUGUCUUGUUUUACGUGGUUUAGUACUUUGACAUACUUUCUUUAAAAUGAUUUUAUCCUUGUUAAUCAAACCAGGACCUGUGAGCAGAAAUGUGUUUUAUUAUUAAGAGCACAAAUAAAGCCAAGGCUAUUGAGCUUUUUAUUAAGAUACCACUGUACACACUCUAGUGUAGAAUGUCCAGUGCAUUAAAGACAGUUAAUCAACUUCAAGUAAAUAAUAAAAGGCACCAAUAAAUAUUUAAAUCUUAUAUUUUCAGCAUGCCUUCUAAAAGCUUGAUUUUUGUCAUGUAAAUUACUUAUAAAACAGGUGUGUGUG